CUUCCCCGUAGGCAGCCCGCCCGCCCGCCCGCAACGCCUCUCUCCCGGCCCCUAGCGCUCUGGCUGGGUCUCUCCCCCGCCCCCUAGGCUCCCCCGGUCGCUCUCCUCAGGCAGUCGCCCGCGCUCGGUGAAUGUGGCUGGCAGCCGCCGCCCCCUCCCUUGCUCGCCGCCUGCUCUUCCUCGGCCCUCCGCCUCCUUCCCUCCUCCUUCUCCUCCUCAGCCGCUCCUCUCGCCGCCGCCGCCGCCUCCACAGCUUGGGCCUCGCCGCGAUGCCGGAGAAGAGGCCCUUCGAGCGGCUGCCUGCCGAUGUCUCCCCCAUCAACUACAGCCUUUGCCUCAAGCCCGACUUGCUGGACUUCACCUUUGAGGGCAAGCUGGAGGCCGCCGCCCAGGUGAGGCAGGCGACUAAUCAGAUUGUGAUGAAUUGUGCUGAUAUUGACAUUAUUACAGCUUCAUAUGCACCAGAAGGAGAUGAAGAAAUACAUGCUACGGGAUUUAACUAUCAGAAUGAAGAUGAGAAAGUCACCUUAUCUUUUCCUAGUACUCUCCAAACAGGUAUGGGAACCUUAAAGAUAGAUUUUGUUGGAGAGCUGAAUGACAAAAUGAAAGGUUUCUAUAGAAGUAAAUAUACCACCCCUUCUGGAGAAGUGCGUUAUGCUGCUGUAACACAGUUUGAGGCUACUGAUGCCCGGAGGGCUUUUCCUUGCUGGGAUGAGCCUGCCAUCAAAGCAACUUUUGAUAUCUCAUUGGUUGUUCCUAAAGACAGAGUAGCUUUAUCAAACAUGAAUGUAAUUGACCGGAAACCAUACCCUGAUGAUGAAAAUUUAGUGGAAGUGAAGUUUGCCCGCACACCUGUAAUGUCUACAUAUCUGGUGGCAUUUGUUGUGGGUGAAUAUGACUUUGUAGAAACAAGGUCAAAAGAUGGUGUGUGUGUCCGUGUUUACACCCCUGUUGGCAAAGCAGAGCAAGGAAAAUUUGCGUUAGAGGUUGCUGCUAAAACCUUGCCUUUUUAUAAGGACUACUUCAAUGUUCCUUAUCCUCUACCUAAAAUUGAUCUCAUUGCUAUUGCAGACUUUGCAGCUGGUGCCAUGGAGAACUGGGGCCUUGUUACUUACAGGGAGACUGCAUUGCUUAUUGAUCCAAAAAACUCCUGUUCUUCAUCACGCCAGUGGGUUGCUCUGGUGGUGGGACAUGAACUCGCCCAUCAAUGGUUUGGAAAUCUUGUUACUAUGGUAUUUAAUAUUUACUAUUGUGGUUUUGUUAGAGAAGACUAUCCUCAGUGGAUGGUUCCUAUCACAAUCUCUACUAGCGAAGAUUCCAACCAAGCCAAACUGAAAAUUCUAAUGGACAAGCCAGAGAUGAAUGUGGUUUUGAAAAAUGUCAAACCAGACCAAUGGGUGAAGGUUAAUUUAUGUUUUUUCCUGUCCCAGGCUCGAGCUGGAAUCAUUAGCACUGUAGAGGUUCUAAAAGUCAUGGAGGCUUUUGUGAAUGAGCCCAAUUAUACUGUAUGGAGCGACCUGAGCUGUAACCUGGGGAUUCUCUCAACUCUCUUGUCCCACACAGACUUCUAUGAGGAAAUCCAGGAGUUUGUGAAAGAUGUCUUUUCACCUAUAGGGGAGAGACUGGGCUGGGACCCCAAACCUGGAGAAGGUCAUCUAGAUGCACUCCUGAGGGGCUUGGUUCUGGGAAAACUAGGAAAAGCGGGACAUAAGGCAACAUUAGAAGAAGCCCGUCGUCGGUUUAAGGACCACGUGGAAGGAAAACAGAUUCUCUCUGCUGAUCUGAGGAGUCCUGUCUAUCUGACUGUUUUGAAGCACGGUGAUGGCACUACCUUAGACAUUAUGCUCAAACUUCAUAAACAAGCAGAUAUGCAAGAAGAGAAAAACCGAAUUGAAAGAGUCCUUGGGGCUACUCUUUUGCCUGACCUGAUUCAAAAAGUCCUCACGUUUGCACUUUCAGAAGAGGUACGUCCACAGGACACUGUAUCCGUAAUUGGUGGAGUAGCUGGAGGCAGCAAGCAUGGGAGGAAAGCUGCUUGGAAAUUCAUAAAGGACAACUGGGAAGAACUUUAUAAUCGAUACCAGGGAGGAUUCUUAAUAUCCAGACUAAUAAAGCUGUCAGUUGAGGGAUUUGCAGUUGAUAAAAUGGCUGGAGAGGUUAAGGCUUUCUUCGAGAGUCACCCAGCUCCGUCAGCUGAGCGUACCAUCCAGCAGUGUUGUGAAAAUAUCCUGCUGAAUGCUGCUUGGCUAAAGCGAGAUGCUGACAGCAUCCACCAGUACCUCCUUCAGCGAAAGGCCUCACCACCCCCAGUGUGAACCCCGGGCAUGGCCCGCUGCGUUCUGCUGCUUCGCUACAGGGACAAGGUGGAGCUAGCGAACAGCUGAUUAAUAUGCCAAGAAUUUGGAGUCUUCUUUCAAACCAGUGGGGGUUGGACAAUGAAUGUAGUUAACUGGUUCCUGCUCACACUCCAGAAUUAAAUUUUAUUGAAAAUGGAAAAUCAGCAAUUCAGCAAAAAAAUAAAUAAAUAAAAAUGUAAAUAUGAUAGUAAUAAAUAGAGCAUAACAAAACUGUGAAACUUUCUGAAGCCUUGUCAGUGGUUAAAAGUAUUUAACACUCUCCUGUUAAUGACAGAUAUUCUGUUUUUAUAACCUACGAAAAGGAAACUAGAGGCUUCUGGGUGAAGAGGAUUUUUGUGAAGAGGGUUCUGCAAGCACCCUGCAAGCCAAGGGUAUUGCCCAUUGCUGGGAAUGGUUAAAUACAAAAGGCUGAUAGCUGGUAUAACAUAGUCAGAGUCUGUGCAUAAUUCCAAAUGGGUUGUUUUUUGGCAUGGGGACUGACCAGGAAGAUAUAUUUUCCUGCAUAACUCAAUCUGUACCAAGGAUUGUAGUUUUUUCCUCCUUGCCUCUUGCCUUCCCCUCUGUGUGACCCCUUGGUCCCUCCUUCCCCCCAAAAAAAAGAUUUAAAAAAAAAACUGCCCUGUUCUGUGUUUUUUCCUCCCUUUAGUUCAACCCUCAACUGUCAUCCCCGGUGUCCUUCUUAGAGAUAAAUAAUAAGGAAACAUCUUUCAGAGCCACAUUAAAUAAGAGAAAUUGAUAUACAUUAUUUUUUUUCUUUUUAAAGAUGACUUUUAGGAACCCUGAAAUACAUAUAGGUGAGACAACAGAAAUAAAAAGAUCUUCAGCCAGGGCUUUCUGAAGGAUUUACUCUGCUAAAAAUGGUCUUAGUUGUCUAACAAGCCAACUAUUGAACAUCUUCAUGACAGUAUCAUGCUGGCUCCUGGUUCAUUUUGUGUGUGUAAGAAGUCAGUGGUAACUGCUGCAGGGCCUAUACAGUAGUGGUAACUGGUUUAAAAAGACUGUAAGCCUGUGUGCGCCACACUUUGCUUCAACGGUAUAUCCUACUAACAAGCCUCACCUAUCCAGUGAGUUUUAGCUGCAAAUCUCGUUCCCUUCCUCUUUCCCUACCUUUUUUUUCUUUCUUUUUCCUUUUGUUUUUCUUUAAAAAUUUUUUUGUGUUAUUAACAGAAAUUCAUAUUUGGUGUGGCUUAACUGUAUUUCAGAAGGUCAUCAGAUUGUGAGAUUGCUUCCUUGAAACAUUUUUGUGCUAUUGUUUUAAAAAAAUAAUAAUUAAAAAACAGUUGGCGUUAAUAAAAAUGUCAAUGUGAAAUUGA